AUGAGGCUGGUCCUGGUCAGACCUACCAAUGAGACAAGUCGGCUUGAUUCUACCGGGGCCGCUCGCAAUGAAAGGCUGGUGGAUCAUUACAACGCAAAGGUUCCGCUACAGCAGGGCGAAGCUGUAGAGGGGAUGCAGCAUCAGUACUCGGGAGCUGUCUUCCAGCACCAGACACCCAGCCGAGAAAGAAACGCUCACAGCGGUGCAGCUCAUUCACAAAAAGCAUCUCCGAGUGGAGCCGCCGCAGUCCGCAGCCUGCCGCCGCCUCCCCCUCCACUCAGACAGCGAUCCACAACCUUAUAUCAUCAGGAGCUGCCCAGCCCAAGCGUUUUCACCCAGAAAGACAGCGCACUCCAACUGCAACGCGGCGGCUCAUCAUCAGUCAGCAGCCACGGAUGCAGACAGCGAGCUCCAAAGCGAGGCGUCUGUUCUGAUCAGCAGAGCGCCUCUUUGCUGCAGAAUACCGGGGUCGCCGGCUUUCAUCUGCAGUCGGAGCAGCCUGUCUUUCAGCACUGCCACUGCAGUUUUUCCAAGGAAGUGAAUCCUCAUCAGCACCAAUCCCACAUUUACCCGCAGCCCUCCCCUUCGCUGCCGUCGUCGCUGUUGUUUUUGCAGAACAGCAACAAGGGGGACAAUUUGAAAAAGACUGUUAAUUACCAGCAGGAAUACAUCGACUGCCACUGCGGACGAGUAGGAGGGCUGUCAGAGAAUAACCAGUUGUUGCAGCAACAGCGGCAGCCGUAUAACGAUUUCAAGCUAGAAGAGCAGAAUCCACAGAGCCCAUCCUGCAGCUCGGUGACACGGAGCACACAGCAGGCGCUGGCCGUAAACCUAUGUCAGCCUAGCGAUGUAAAUCAGCGAUUGUUUCUGUUUCAGCCUCAGGACCUGCAGCAGCAGCAGCCACCACAAUUGCAGGUGCAGCAUCAGCGACUGGUCGGGAGCAGCUUUCUCAACAACUACUGCGCCAACGGAGCCGGUGAGGCGAGCAGGAGCCAGCAGCCACUACUGCUGCAGCAACAGCAAGAAGGCGCACACUGGCACCACCUCUGUGACCAAGACUACGCGAAGCCCGGCGAGUUAAUUCAGUCCCAACGGCUGCGGAGUAGCCAGCCCUCCGUCAACCCCCCACCCAGUCGUUCGCCAGUCAGGAACAUAUCGGUGGCCGGCAGCAACAAAAGUAGCCUUUUCUCGUCCAGCAGCCGUCUGUGGCCGGAGAACCAGCAUCAGGAAGGGAAGCAGAUCCGAACGGUGGAACAGCAGGUAAAUGCGGAUCCCAAGAAGUUAAGCCAUGCUGGGUCCAAGGCCUCCCUCUCUCAGAGCAGUUACCCGUUCUCUGAGAUAGCCAUGAACAGCUGCAAGUACAAUGGGGGCGUCGUGAGACCCCUGGGCAGCCUGGGGGCGUCGCGGCGAAACCUUGCAGAGCUUGACUCAGAGACACAGCCCCUCCAGACCCUUCACAGCUCCGGCCUGGAGGUGGUGGUCUCCAAGGGUAACGGCGAGGACCCAAGCAAGGUGUCCAACGAGAGCCUGGCUAGAGAGGGGGGCAGUGCUCCACAGAAAAAGAACAAGGACAUCGGCUACAAGCUAGGCCAUCGGAGGGCUCUCUUCGAGAAACGCAAGCGACUGAGCGAUUACGCCUUGAUCUUUGGGAUGUUUGGGAUUGUUGUCAUGGUGACUGAAACAGAGCUUUCCUGGGGAGUUUACACUAAGGAAUCUUCAUACUCAUUUGCACUGAAAUGCCUUAUCAGCCUUUCCACUGUUAUAUUGCUUGGUCUCAUUAUAAUGUACCAUGCCCGGGAAAUCCAGCUAUUCAUGGUGGACAACGGGGCCGAUGACUGGAGGAUAGCCAUGACAUAUGAGAGGAUCUUCUUCAUUGUACUGGAGCUGCUGGUGUGUGCUAUCCAUCCCAUACCAGGCCAGUACGUCUUCACCUGGACCGCCCGCCUGGCGUUCACGUACACGCCCUCGGUGGCCAAUGCCGACGUGGACAUUAUUCUCUCCAUCCCCAUGUUCCUGCGCCUCUACCUAAUUGGCCGCGUCAUGCUACUGCACAGUAAGCUCUUCACGGAUGCCUCGUCCCGCAGCAUCGGGGCCCUAAAUAAGAUCAACUUCAACACCCGCUUCGUCAUGAAGACGCUCAUGACCAUCUGCCCAGGCACUGUGCUGCUGGUCUUCAGCAUCUCCUCCUGGAUCAUUGCUGCAUGGACAGUGCGCGUCUGUGAGAGGUAUCAUGACAAACAGGAAGUGACCAGUAACUUCCUUGGAGCCAUGUGGCUAAUUUCUAUAACCUUCCUGUCAAUCGGAUAUGGAGACAUGGUGCCUCACACAUACUGUGGGAAGGGCGUGUGUCUGCUGACUGGAAUCAUGGGGGCGGGCUGUACUGCCUUGGUGGUCGCUGUGGUGGCCCGAAAGCUGGAGCUGACCAAGGCCGAGAAACACGUCCAUAACUUCAUGAUGGACACACAGCUCUGUAAACGCGUCAAAAACACGGCUGCUAAUGUACUCAGGGAAACAUGGCUAAUCUACAAACACACCAAGCUGGUGAAGAAGAUUGACCAUGCCAAGGUGCGCAAACACCAGCGCAAGUUUCUGCAGGCAAUUCACCAACUGCGCAGCGUGAAAAUGGAGCAGAGGAAACUGAACGACCAGGCUAACACACUGGUGGAUCUGGCAAAGACUCAGAAUGUGAUGUACGACCUGGUGUCGGAGCUGCAGGAGCGCAGUGAGGAGCUGGACAAGCGCAUCGGCAUGCUGGAGGACAAGCUGGACUCCAUCACUGGCAGCCUGCAGGCUCUGCCCGGCCUGCUCUCUCAAGCCAUAACGCAGCAGCAGCGGGAUUUCCUGGACGGCUUCGCGCACCGGUUUCGGCCCGCCUCGCUGGGCUCGGAGCGAUCAUGGACGCCCACACGCCGGCGCCGCUCGCCAUCCACGGCGCCUCACACGUCCUCCGACAGCGGCUAGCCUCAUUGCGCCUCUGCCAUCCCAAACUUACACUACCAAGAUUCCAGUGCAGACUAACGAGAGUAAUGACAAAAAAAAAUAAUGGAAGCAGACAAAAUAAUAAAUUAAAAAUGGUAGAGAUAUGGUUUAUGUUUAGCCAUUGUAUGGCUGUUCAGGUUAGCUUUUUUAUAAAAGCCCUUGUAUAGUUACUGACUGAGUUCAGGGUGCUGGGGUGAAGCUGACUAUCACCGGAGAGUCCUUAAACACGACAGAAUAAAACUGCCCAGGGAGGCGUCUGCUCAGCAAUCGCAGUGUUUCACGUGGGUCUUCUGGCACGGAAGUAAACUGAGGAGAAUUAUGGCCCCCGAGCCAGGAAUGGAGACAAGGCGGACUUUUGUUUGUAUUUGACAGGCGUCAAAGGCGUCUACUAGGAGUGCCUGAGAGUGCUUUCGGAAGCUCUGAUGAAGGCAAUGAGUGGAGAUUGCUGAAGAACACAUGAAAAUUACCAAACCACAGCCCUUAACUGGUUAAGUGGAACAGAGAAUAGGUGGUGGGUGGAUGGAUGGAUGGAUGGAUGGAUGGAUGGAUGUCGACCAGUCCUCAACCUACCUAUUCAUUUAUGAGGAAAUAUCGGAGCCAACUGGUGUCUCUACAUGUCACUGCUAAUUAGAGGAUUCCUACAUUAAUUUGAGGGUAGAUGGGACUCCUGAAUGGUCACUCAAGUAGUAGGAAUUCAUCAAUACCAUAACUUUUCUGGACAGUGGAAAGAGGUGAGGCCCUGAUUAAAAAAAAAAAAAAACAUGCAUACCUUAAAAAACAGGCCGCCUAAUCCGUAAUAUGCAGGCGCACUCGAGAGAUAAGAGGGUGCCAAGUACACACUGCCAGAACCUCAGCACCAAAAUGCUUAAAAGCAGCUCGUUUUGUGCUGCAACUGCUCAAGAGAACAACCCUGCAUUCCUUUCCUCAAAAACAUUCCUUACACGAUAUUUUGAAACAAAGAAAAACAUUGAUACCAAAACAAUUAGUUUCUGAGUCAUUGUUUCCAGAUGCAACAUGCAAUAAACUGCUGUCAUUUGCACAGUUAAAUGUAUAUUUUAAGAGAUCGAAUUGCUUUAAUGAAACCACACAAAUCCUGCAUGAAAUAAAAUGAAUAUCCAGGAACGAAUCUUCUCUCUCAGCUCCCUGACUCAUCAGAGCUUCCAAAGGUCUUCAGGCAUUCCGGGGACGGGUCCAUCGCUCCACGGGCAUCCUCCGCUUUAGACGGGGGCCGCAAAGGCAGAACUGAGAACCCCCCACCCCCUUGCAUGUUUCAGUGCAAAUGGUGAAGGAGCCAGCCUAUCGGGUGGCAUUAUCUUAUGUUUUUUUUUCCCCUUUUUAUAAGAUUUUUUUUUUUUUUUUGAAUGAUUUGCCUAAAAACAUUUUUAUAGAUAGUAGGUCAAAUCUAUAAUGUUAUAAUGGAGUGGCAGAAAAGAGAUUAAAACAUGCAUUCCUAUGUCCGUGGCUCACCGUGACGGGAAAAUAUAGAUAAAUACACCAAAACAACAAUGUGAGAGAAAAAAACAACACAGGAUAAACAUUUACAGUAGAUGUCAUGAAAAGUAAAAUUCCUAAUUUGGUGCCCAUCUUGACAUUUAAGGUUAAAAUGUCAGUGUUGAUGAAUGUGAUUUUUUUUUUUUUU